AUGACUCGCAGUGGACAAACCACGCAUUUGGAUACGCGCGGCUCGACAGCAUCGUGGUCUCAGCCUCGCACGCUGUAUCUGACCGCAUACAAUCUGCUUUUCGCUGCACUGUGGGUUUCAGUAGGCAUCAGUGCCGCCAAUCAUGCUCCGAGAGGCAAAUUUAUCUUGUUUGAGGCGGUAGAGCCUCGCGCGCGUUGGAUUCAGACCCUCACGCUCAUUGAGGUCGUGCAUGCGGCCGUUGGUAACUACAUUCAAGGAACAUGCAACCUAUCAAUGCUGAUCGUCAUAGGCAUGGUCAAAUCGCCUGUCAGUACUACAGCCACACAGGUCUUUACACGUGUGAUUCAGGUCUGGAUGAUCUGGUACAGCUUCCCUGCGAGUACAGCUGCAUCCAGAGCAUUUAUGGUCUUGGUGUUGGCUUGGUCCGUCGCAGACUCCAUUCGCUACCUGUACCUUGCUCUGAAUCUUCAUGGGAAGGCGCCGCAGGCUCUUAUCUGGCUCAGAUACACCAUGUUCUAUCCUCUUUACCCGAUCGGGAUUGGGGCGGAGUGGUGGCUGAUGUACAAGAGCAUCGAGCCUUUGGGCAGGAUUAGCCCUGUGCUUCCGCCAGUGUUCUACUUCUUGCUGGCGUUGUACGUUCCUGGCGCUUAUACAAUGUUCACAUACAUGGUCAAACAGAGGAAAAAGAUCCUUAGCAGGGGCCAGAAGACAGUGAAACCGAUUGAAUAA